GUUCUUUCUCUCUGUUGACACUAACUAUUUUAUUAUAUAACUUCAACACUGCCCGGGGAGAACGUAUAUAAUCCAUGCAUCAAUUUGACUUCAUUUGAUUUGGACUACGGGAGAAAAUAUUUCUGCCCCCAGAAAGCAACCAAAACACGAAGUUUCUAAUUGAGUUUUCAGUUUUCACAACCCCAACACCCCCUCCGCGCCCCCCUCCCAACAAGUUUUCCUUGUACUUGUUGCUUUCUGUCAUUGCGCAUUCACUCUCGCGAGCACGUUGAUUUCUUUCGAACUCAAAAGCUGCACUUCCACGAUCUUUUAGCAAAUUCGAAGACAUAUGGCAACACUAAGUGAUAUAGGAGUGGCAGCAGCUAUCAAUAUAUUCGGUGCAUUUUCUUUCUUCUUGGCAUUUGCUAUACUUCGGAUUCAACCUGUCAAUGACAGGGUCUACUUCCCUAAGUGGUAUAUCAAGGGUCUAAGGAGCAGUCCUUUAGGCACAGGAGCAUUUGUUGGCAAGUUUGUGAAUUUGGAUUUUAGAUCAUAUGUAAGGUUUUUGAACUGGAUGCCUGCGGCAUUGCGAAUGCCGGAACCUGAGCUAAUUGACCAUGCAGGAUUGGACUCUGCUGUCUACAUGAGGAUUUACUUGUUAGGGCUUAAAAUUUUUGUUCCUAUUACAUUCCUGGCAUUUACCAUCCUAGUGCCAAUUAAUUGGACUGAUAGCAUGUUAGAACAUUCAAAUUUGAUUUACAGUGAUUUGGAUAAGCUCUCUAUAUCAAAUAUCCCAAUGGGAUCAACCAGAUUUUGGGCCCAUUUGCUAAUGGCUUAUGUCUUCGCCUUCUGGACAUGCUAUGUGUUAAAAAAGGAGUAUGAGAUAGUAGCUUCGAUGAGGUUGCAUUUUCUUGCAUCAGAACAUCGGCGCCCUGAUCAGUUUACGGUACUGGUUAGAAAUGUGCCACCAGACCCUCAUGAAUCAGUCAGUGAGCUCAUGGAACAUUUUUUUGUGGUCAACCAUCCAGAUCACUAUCUCACUCAUCAGGUUGUUUACAAUGCUAACAAACUCUCUGAGUUGGUCAAUAAGAAGAAGAAGAUGCAAAAUUGGCUUGAUUUCUAUCAACUCAAAUAUUCAAGAAAUCAAUCUAAAAAGCCCUCAUUGAAGACCGGUUUUCUUGGCCUUUGGGGAAAGACAGUGGAUGCAAUUGAUUACCAUACAUCCGAAAUUGAGAAACUGUCAAAAGAAAUUUCCUUGGAGAUAGAUAAGAUAGCGAAUAGCCGGCAGGCUAUCAUGCCAGCAGCAUUUGUUUCUUUUCAGACUCGAUGGGGGGCUGCUGUUUGUGCACAAACUCAACAAUCUAGAAAUCCAACUAUAUGGUUAACUGAGUGGGCUCCAGAACCACGAGAUGUAUACUGGGAUAACUUGGCAAUUCCAUUUGUAUCACUUUCAGUGAGAAGGCUUAUUGUUGCAGUUGCAUUUUUCUUCCUUACCUUCUUUUUCAUGAUCCCCAUUGCAUUUGUACAAACUCUUGCAAACAUUGAGGGAAUUGAGAAAUCAUUGCCUUUUCUGAAAUCCAUAAUUGAAAUGAAAGUCAUAAACUCAUUCAUUCAAGGUUUCCUUCCUGGUAUUGCUUUGAAGAUAUUUCUCAUAUUUCUUCCUUCAAUAUUGAUGUUAAUGUCUAAAUUUGAAGGAUUCAUCAGCCUGUCAGGGCUAGAGAGAAGAUCUGCAACUAGAUGCUAUAUUUUCCAAUUUAUUAAUGUAUUUCUUGGGAGCAUAAUCACUGGAACUGCAUUUCAACAGCUAAAUAAUUUUAUCCACCAGUCUGCAAAUGACAUACCGAAGAUAAUUGGUGCCUCAAUUCCUAUGAAAGCAACAUUCUUCAUAACUUAUAUUAUGGUUGAUGGGUGGGCCGGAGUUGCUGGGGAGAUAUUAAGAUUGAAACCUUUAAUAUUCUAUCAUUUGAAAAACUUCUUCUUGGUGAAGACCGAAAGGGAUAGAGAAGAGGCAAUGGAUCCUGGGACUUCUGGUUUCAACACAGGAGAACCACAAAUACAACUUUAUUUCUUACUUGGCCUUGUUUAUGCAGUGGUUUCUCCUAUAUUACUUCCUUUCAUCAUAGUAUUCUUUAGCUUGGCGUAUGUUGUUCAUCGUCAUCAGCUUAUAAAUGUUUACAAUCAAGAGUAUGAGAGUGCUGCAGCAUUCUGGCCUGAUGUCCAUGGACGUAUCAUAGUUGCAUUAGUCGUCUCACAACUAUUAUUGAUGGGAUUGUUAAGCACAAAACAUGCUGCUCAGUCAACUCCAUUGCUUGUUACACUUCCAGUAUUGACAAUAUGGUUCCAUAGGUUCUGCAAAGGACGUUAUGAACCUGCUUUUGUUAGAUAUCCUCUACAGGAAGCCAUGAUGAAAGACACAUUAGAACGUGCAAGGGAGCCCAACCUGAACUUGAAAAGCUUCCUUGAGACUGCAUAUAUCCACCCAGUAUUCAGAGCCGGAGAUGACAGCAACGGCGAAGAAGCUACAGAAGAAAGAGAGAAAGAACCUGUUUUGGUCCCAACGAAGCGCCAGUCUCGAAGGCAUACAACAUUGGCUAGUAAAUGUGGUAGUUCAUUUUCAUCCCUACUGCCUGAAGAUCAGGAACUUUCACAAAUUUGAAACUGUUUUUCCCUGGCCUUUUCUAUGUCAUUAGUUGGUUGGAGUUUGUCAAAUUGUA